GCAGUUACACGUUUAGGAUGUAGGUGACGGAGCUUGGGGAGCUUUAUUUUGAAGAAGUGUGACAGUCGUUUAAUUUUUGAGCAAGUUUUAAGUUUUUUUAGCGUCAGAUUAUCGUGCGCUUUUAUUUUGGAGGUUUUGCCCGGAAGUGUAAUAGUGUUUUGUACCGGCUCAUCUCAGACUGCUGUAGCUUUAAACAGCCAACAGGACGAAACUUCUGCUCUUUUCUGAUCUUUGUGUGUAAUGGCAUCCCAAAUGAAAGACAAAGAAGCUUACCAAAGACUGAACUAUCUUUACCAGGCUGCACACUGUGUUUUAUCUCAAAACCCGGAAAAUAAAGAGCUGGCUCGUUUCUACUGCUUCACACAGAGGACCAUUGCAAGACGUUUAGUUCUUAGACAAGACCCAUCAGUGAAGAGAACAUUAUGCAAGAAGUGCUGCUCAUUGCUCAUCCCUGGUGUAACUGCUACAACAAGACAACGAAGAAAAAACAGCAAGACUCGCUUUACUGUUCUGAGGUGCCUCAGCUGUGGGCAGAGCAAGACGUUACUGAAUAAUCCAGAUUAUUGUUUGUGGGUAGACCGUCCCGAGGCUCAGCUGCAGCAACAGAAGCAGCCAGGUGACAGAGCUCAACUCAACACUAUCAGGGCCCUUCUCUUAAGAAUCAGCCAAAAGACAGAAAGCCUGAUGGAUCAGCGUCUUCUAAACCCAGUGCUGCCCAGAGCACGUAGCAGCAGUUCCCCUCUUCUCACCGAUGAAUAUGAAGGAUAUUUCUCUUUUUGUUUAAAAUAUGUGUGGCUUUAUUGGGUUGCAUGUAUCCAUAUCUGAGGAAGUUGUUUGAUAUUAUUUAAAUACCAACCUUUUGCUUCUGUAUUUUAGUAAUUUAUUGAUUUUGAUAUGAUUUAUUGUUUUUUUUUAUUUUUUUUUUUUGGCCUGUAUGACUUUAUGUAUCAGUGUAAUUUCUGAUGCUACCAGCAGAUGGCCAUCGUGUGGUGUCCCACACAUGCAUUAAAAGAAGAAAUGUUGGUAAAAGUAUUUUUCUUUUUUGAUUUGGUUUUUCCAAAAGAAAAUUAUCAUUCAUGAUUUUAUUGAAAACAGCCAUCAAGAAUGGAGAAUUUCACCAAUUCGCCACAUUUUUUUUACGCUUAGUAUUUUACAUUUUCUGUACAGGCAUGUGACUGUUACUUGAGGAAAAUAUCUCUUGACCAUUAACCAAUUUUGUUGUCAGGUACUUUCCUAAAUUGGUGAUUAAAAGAAAAUACAAAUUUCCA